AAGUCUUUCUUUCUCUCUUCGAACUGAAUAUAUUACAAAAAUGUCUGACGUUGCUGAUUCCCAAAAGUUGUCUACCGUUGGUUUUGAUGCUCGCUUCCCUAAUACCAACCAAACCAAGCACUGCUGGCAAAACUAUGUAGAUUACUAUAAGUGUAUCAAUGCUCGUGGUGAAGAGUUUGAACCUUGCAAGCAAUUCUUCAGAGCUUUCCAUUCUUUAUGUCCUAACGAAUGGAUUGAAAAGUGGGAUGAGCAAAGAGAGGAAGGUCGCAACCCCUCCAACUUUGAAGUCUAAGAAAUGACUAAAUCAGUAAAGAAAAAAAAAAAAGAGAAAGUUUUUUAAGACGUUUACUCAAAUACAUAAAUUAUGAUGUGUAUAAACUACAAAUUUAAUGCUAUUAUUGCUAUUAUUAAAGAUUCUUUCAACUACUUCGUGAAA